CAUUGUUGUAACUUGACAGUUGCGCUGCACUGAGGAGACGGACCUCAAACCUUCACUAUGGCUCCACUUGGACUAAAAUCAAUUGUUGGAGAAAAGAUAAUGAACAACGUCAUCAAGAAGGCGAGAGAAAAAGGACAGUGGAAGGUGCUCGUGGUGGACAAACUCAGUAUGCGGAUGGUUUCCUCCUGCUGUAAGAUGACAGAUAUCAUGUCAGAGGGAAUUACCAUUGUAGAAGAUAUAACUAAGCGGCGAGAGCCUCUGCCCAGCAUGGAGGCCAUCUACCUGAUAACACCCACAGAUGAAUCUGUUGAGGCUUUGAUUGAUGACUUCAGAGAUCCACGAGCUCCGACGUACCGAGCAGCUCAUGUCUUUUUCACCGACUCCAUCCCAGACUCAUUGUUUGGCCUGCUGACCAAAUCCCGCGCUUCCAAAGCCAUGAAGGCCUUGACUGAGAUCCACAUUGCCUUUCUGCCCUAUGAGUCACAGGUCUUCUCCUUGGACAAAGUGAACGCCUUUCAGGACUUCUACAGCCCGUUCAAGGCUGAUGUGAAGAACAACAUGUUGGAGCGCUGUGCUGAGCAGAUCGCCACCCUCUGUGCCACGCUCAAAGAAUAUCCUGGAGUACGAUACCGAGGAGAGUACAAAGACUGUGGCGUUCUGGCUCAGAUGCUCCAGGAGAAGCUGGAUGGUUACAAGGCUGAUGACCCCACCAUGGGAGAGGGUCCAGACAAGUGUCGCACUCAGCUGCUGAUCGUGGACCGGGGCUUUGACCCUGUGUCUCCUCUCCUGCACGAGCUGACACUGCAGGCCAUGGCCUAUGACCUGCUGGGCAUCGAGAACGACGUCUACAGGUUUGAGACGAGCGGAAUGGGAGAGACCAGGAUGAAGGAGGUCCUGCUGGAUGAGGACGAUGACUUGUGGCUGUCUCUGAGACACAAACACAUCGCUGAGGUGUCGACAGCCGUGACUCGUUCGCUGAAGGAGUUCUCUGCCAGUAAAAAGAUGAACACUGGAGAAAAGACCACCAUGAAGGAACUGUCUCAGAUGCUGAAGAAGAUGCCGCAGUAUCAGAAAAGAGCUCAGUAAGGUAAGAAGUACUCUACCCACCUGCACCUGGCUGAGGACUGCAUGAACCGAUACCAGGGUACUGUGGACAGACUGUGUCGAGUAGAACAGGAUCUGGCGAUGGGCACAGAUGCAGAGGGUGAGAAGAUCAAGGAUCCCAUGAGGCUUAUUGUGCCUAUUUUAUUGGACAGUAAUGUCAGUGUGACUGACAAGAUCCGCAUCAUUCUGCUCUACAUCUUCCUCAAGAACGGUGUGACUGAGGAGAACCUGUGUAAGCUUCUUCAGCAUGCUAACAUCCCACCAGAGGACAGUGACAUCAUUUCCAACAUGGCCCACAUGGGCGUGCCCAUUGUGUCCGAGGGUGCCGCAAAGAAAGCCAAGAAGCCUGAUCGUAAGGAGCGAAUCAGCGAGCAGACCUACCAGCUGUCCAGGUGGACACCGCUCAUCAAAGACCUCCUGCAGGAUGCCAUCGAGGACAAACUUGAUCCCAAGCAGUACCCGUACAUUUCUCAGCGACAAAUCUCUCCAAAGCCAGCGCUCCAUUCAAGCGCUCGUUACGGUAACUGGCACAAGAACAGAGGCCCCACCGAAAUGAAGACGGGGCCCAGGAUCAUCGUCUUCAUCAUCGGUGGUAUGGCGUACAGCGAGAUGCGCUGUGUGUAUGAGGUCACCCAAACAAACGGCAAGUGGGAGGCUCUUAUCGGAUCGACUGAAAUCUUCACCCCUUCUCGCCUUCUAAAAACCCUCAAAGAUUUGGAGAAAGAGAAGUAGAGACGGGCUGAGAACUCCUC